AUGGACUGGAGCUGCCAUGAGUUAGACACCCUGGAGGUGCCACCCCUCACCCCCACCAGUAAAGAGGUCCUCAGUCAGGCCGUCCGCGCCUCCUUCUCCGGCUUCACCCAGGAGAGGAGUCGACUCCACUUUUCACAAGAAUGGGAAGUUAAUCACUGGUUGGACUGGUGCCAGGCAGAGUUCGGCCUACAGAGCCUGAGAACAGAUUUAAGAAACAUGCCCGGAAGCAAGCUCUGUUCUCUGGACAGAGAGACCUUCCUAAACCUCAUCCCUGACUGCACCGCUGGGGAAAUCCUGUGGGAACACUUAGAGACUAUGCGCAAAGAAAGCUACACUGGGCAUGCUCAGUACGUAGAGAGGUCUUGCUAUAGGUCGUUUUCACAUCACAACCCUUACGAUUCGGCCCAGCUUCACCCACCUGAGCCUGCAGCUCCGCCACGACAAAACUGCUCACUGACAAAACAGGAGGAAGUUUUAAGGAAACAGUCAUCCGCUGUAUCUCUGCGUGAGUUUGCCAGCAACGACUGUGUUACUGGGAAAGGGUCGUUGUGCUCUGAGGAGUCUGAGGUUGCCACGCACAGCUCAUUGGCUGGUUCCAUGUCGGAGGCGGAGUAUCAGGAGUGGGAGGAGCCAGUGUCUGAAGAGCCCCUCCCCCACAGGACCUUUAAAGAGUAUAUGGGGGAGAAAGCCAACUUAGAGAGUGCAAUGCUCCCAGCAUCUGUUCUCGCUGGCUACACAGGAAGUGGACCAAUUCAGCUUUGGCAGUUCCUGUUGGAACUUCUCACUGACCGGAGCUUUCAGUCAUUCAUAAGCUGGACUGGGAAUGGUUGGGAGUUCAAACUGACUGACCCUGAUGAGGUCGCCCAGCUGUGGGGCCGUCGUAAAAACAAACCCAAGAUGAACUACGAGAAGCUGAGCAGGGGUCUUCGUUACUAUUACGACAAGAACAUCAUCCAGAAGACAGCCGGCAAACGCUACGUCUACCGUUUCGUCUGCAACCUGCAAGGACUGCUGGGAUACGAGCCGAGCGAACUCCAAGCUAUGUUAGAUGUGUCUGCAAACGAAGGCAUAUAA